AGUAACUUUGCAUGUGCCUGGGCAUUUAAAGAUUAAUGAAAACGCACAGAAGACGCCUCGGAAAUAUUGAAAAUGUUUAAUAUCAGAUUGAUGUAGAUGGGUUUGCAUAUAUUUUGUAAAUAAUGGUUAGACCUACGAAACAUAUAUAGUUUCCACAUCGCUGUGUCUGAGGAGACUAUGAGAUAAUAGUACCCAGCAGCAUCAGCAGCGGCUGUAGCAGCAGAGGAAAGCAGACGCUGAAUUCGAAUGUUACCGUGAUUGAUCGGCAGGACGGCGGAGCUCGUACAAUAGUCUUAUACUAUGGUUAUGUUAUUGUUGCUCCAAGACUCAAGACUAUACCCAUCUAUUUUGUUUGGAAUUUAAACUCCGAUGCAGAUGGCAACAUUGCUAACAGCCUACUACUGACAAUAUGUAGUCUGUCUGGCGAUCUGUAGCGGGGAAUUUUGUUGUUCUCGGGUUUAAAAGUAUGUGAUGGAUGUAUUUCCUCAAUACGGGAAACAAAGAGGAGGAAUAUGUUUAAUGUACAGCCGUGAAUAUUUUACAAGUACUCGCAUAUAAUCAUCAGCGGAUUGACGAGCAGCAAGAGCGCCUCCUGUGUUUUUUUUUUUUUUUUAAAGUUUUGUAAGGAGCUCCGUGUUCCCAAGCUAGGGAUAAUUCCUAGCCACGAUGUCGACGGUUUGAUUUUUUCCUAUAGUAGACUGACCUAGGAGCAGCACUACCAACCUACCCUGUGUUGAAGCAGUGAGAAGGGAAGGGUAUUUUGUGGAGAUGGCUUCCCUCUAAAAGGAAUGGCGCUCACUCCUAAAUACAAACCGAGGACGGAGAGCCUGCCCAACACAUUGUCUAGUGCAAUGUUUGGGAAUGGGCAGGCGAACCCUGAGGAUAACCCCAACUACCUGGUUUACAAAAAGAUGGAGUCUAUUGUUGACCGGAUGCAGGAUGAAAGUACAGGUGUGCCCGUCCGCACGGUCAAGAGCUUCAUGUCCAAAGUGCCAAGUGUGUUUACAGGUGUGGACCUGAUAGCAUGGAUAAUGAAGAAUGUGGAUGUAGAGGAUCAAGCAGAGGCAACACACCUAGCGACCCUAAUGGCUUCCCAUGGUUACUUCUUCCCCAUAGACGACCACGAAUUGAUAGUCAAAAAUGACAACACAUACUACAGAUUUCAGACUCCAUGUUUUUGGCCAUCACGAUGUGGGGAACCGGAAAAUACAGAUUAUGCGGUGUAUUUAUGCAAGAGGACAAUGCAGAACAAACAACGCUUAGAAUUAGCUGAUUACGAAGCAGAAAACUUGGCAAGACUCCAGAAAAUGUUUUCCAGGAAAUGGGAAUUUAUCUUUAUGCAAGCUGAAGCACAGGCAAAAGUAGACAAGAAACGAGAUAAAUUGGAACGUAAAGUUCUAGACAGCCAGGAAAGAGCAUUCUGGGAUGUCCAUCGACCUGUGCCGGGUUGUGUAAAUACUACAGAAGUUGAUAUAAAGAAAGCAUGUCGGAUGAACCGCCAUUCAAAAAUGACACGACAUAAUUACGCAGUACCUGGAGGUCGGAUUAGUCCUAGUGUGUCGGAGGCAGAUCUACACAAUCCAUGUGAAAGUAUACGACAUGAGAUUGAUUCCUUAAAAAAGAAACUAGAGAAAAGAAGAGUAAAAAUAUCCAAAGUGACAGAGAGCUAUGUGGCGUACUAUGAACAAUAUGCUGAGUUUGACCCCUUUAUAAUGAGUCCUGACCCUUCCAAUCCCUGGGUAACUGACUGCAUAGACUUCUGGGAAAUGGAGAAAACAGUCAACCCUCGGGAUAUUCCACAACGUAGGGUAAAACGCUGGGCGUUUUCUAUAGAAGAAUUAUUAGGGGACCCAGCAGGAAAAGAACAGUUUAGCAAAUUUUUAGAUAAAGAAUUUAGUGGAGAAAAUUUGAAGUUUUGGACAGCGUGUCGAGAUCUGAAGGGACUAGCCAUGAAGAAGGUUAAUUGUAAAGUUCAUGAAAUUUUCUCAGAGUUCUUGGCUCCUGGUGCUCACAAUCCUGUCAAUGUAGAUAGUCGUAUAACGGAACUUGUACGCACGCGGGUGGAAAACUGCCCAAAUCGAUAUUGUUUUGAAGAAGCUCAGGAUCACAUAUUCAAGCUUAUGAAAAGUGAUAGUUACAGCCGUUAUCUUCGCUCAGAUAUGUACAAAGAAUUUUUAAGUGGAACCAGGAAAAAAGUAAGACUCCUCCCAGCAAUAGCAAGCAACUUCUCCGCGUUCAAGCACUCGUCCUGACUGACUGUGUCGUAUCGUUCAUCCUUUCCUGUAGUUUGUACCAACACCUAUACCCCAUGUGACAUCCCUGUAGUCCGCUCGAUAUUGUGCUGUGCUGUACUGUCCCAUGACAAGUCUAGAGAGCUCCCAACAUCCACUGGCCAAGGUAGAGCUUUCUUAGAUGAUUCUUAUAUAACAGUAUUCAAAUCAAAAUAUUCAGGAUGGCCGAUCACGGUUAAAUAACACACAGGAAAUUUCUCCAAUAUUAAUAAUAAAAUUUAUGAAUAUGGAAGAUGCAUCCAAAAUUCAUAUGUUUAAAACAUUAUUUAAGAUUUGUAAACCCAGAUCUGUCUUUUCUUCUGCUUUGUAGAAAUUUACUUGUUUAUUUCUCCUAUGUGUCUGUGACCCUUGCAGAAGAUUUUGACAUCUGUAGUUAUCUCCCUUCCCUGUGUGUGUCACUUUGACCCCCAGGACAUUGUUACGACUUUGGGACACAGUCGACCUUGACACCAAAGGCUUUAUGACUUCCCAUGGGAUGUACAGCUUUCUAUGUCUAGUUGUGUGGUAUUUUGGUGGUAUCCACUAAGCACUUAAACACUUUAGAUUUGUUCUAAAACUCUUUUUUGAACUAUAUUUUGUUCAACAGAAAAUUAGAGACUUCAAAAAUCAUGGACAAUCCAAUUAUUUUCUAAACAAAAUCUUGGAAGAUUUUUUAUAUAGAAUUUUUGUUUCAAAUUAAGAAAAUAAAUAUGGUUUUAUACUUACAAAUGUACAUUUGUGUUAACUAUUAACAGUUUGAUGGCUGAAACAAAGGAGAAAGUGUAUCUAUAUGUCAAUUUCUCUUCUUAUGGCCAUGAUUUCUGUCGAUAUUAUUUAUGUUAACCAUGAAUGGUUUUAUUAGUUUUUUUCACUCAACCUGUAACCAAAUCUUACUGUUUAACCUUUUAUUUGUCUCCUACACAGUCAUGGUACUACGGACUAAUCACAUGACAUUCACAUUUGUAAAUAAACAUCAUGUAUAAUGUGCCAUAAAUUAUUGUUGGUAAAUUAUAUGUAUAUGUAAAAGCUAUAUAUAAUUUUGUAGUUAUUCAUCAUUUAACACUCAAUCUGUGAAGAGAUUUCAAAUUAGAAUGUAAUGUUUCUUGUUCUAUUGUAUUUAUAACAAUGGAAGAAUUAAGAGAAUAUCACAGACCAAUUCAUUGUGGCUUUGGACAAUUGUUAUUGUUAAUGUGUCUAUUGGGACCAAAGUCGGAUUGUCUCCCCUUUGCAGGGGACAAGGACAAUGUAACGACGAUUGAUUUGGAAAAGAUUAUUUUUCAUUAUUCAAACUGGUUCAUGCCAUAAGAAUAAAUAGGUAUGUAAAGUCAAGAUAUGAAAUGAUUUAAUAACUUUUGCUACAUAUAUGUACAUCUAGGUACAUAUUUAGUAAAGUUAUUAACCACCAGUUGAUGGGUGAGAUGCUAAUAUACACUUAUCAGUAGUUUAUUUGAAUAAGAAUUUAAAUUUUUCUUUUCUUUUUUUUUUUUUCACUUUUGGGGCCAAAUUAGAUCAAAUAUAUUAUUAUGUUUGAUUAUAAUUCUCUUCUAUGUUUAUGUAAUUUUUUUUUAGGAAAAUGUAUAUUUACUUUAAUAAAAGCAUCCAAGUAGACUGGUACCCUUCUCAGUUACCUCCCUUUUGUACACUUCACAGAGGACUGGUAGUGUGUAACCAUAAUGAACAGGAAUUCUCACCCCAGCGUGUGCGCAUCUUUAUUGCGAAUGUUAUGUCAUCAUGGAGAUGGUUAAUUCCGCUUAAGCAACAGGCGUUUAUAGCGUCAUUGUCAUAAGCACAUUGGACACACUUUGCCUGAAGACAUUUUGAAAAGCAAAACUUAAGAUCCUCUCCGUUUGAUUAUCGACCAAAGGGCAUAUUUACUCCUAAUGCUGAAAUCCAUCACUUCAUGCGUAUUAGGGUUUUUCAUGUCUUAAGUUAGAAAUACAUGCGUCACUGAAAAUCAGAAUUAACGAAUGAAAAAUUCAAAAUGCCUACGCACUAACAGUCCUUUGUGAGCAGAGCGCAGCCGUGGUGAAGAGUAGAAAACUAGUGGAGGGAACCAGUCUAACAUAUGUGGAAUUGAUGAAUACAGGUAUUUUAAAAAAAUUAUGAAAAAAAAAUUAUUCAAUAUCUAGCAUUAUUCUUUAAUGGAAAUGGGGAUAAGGUUUUAAUUUGAAGUAAUAGUGGACUUUUCCUAUCUCACUUUUUUAGCUCACCUGGCCCUCUGGGCCUCUUGUCUUACAUUGAGAUAAUUUUAUGAAUCGUAUAUAAGUGAUAGAGACAUAUAGUUUUGGAUCUGAAGGUUUAUUUUCUUCUUACUGGUAUGUCCAUUGAAUGGGGAGAGUAGCUUGAUUCUGUUCACAGCUAAUUGGUAUCAGUGGUGCCCAUGUUGCUAUCACAUCACCUCAUAAUUCAGCUUUCUGCUUGUGCUGACAUAAUGCUUUGAUUUAUAUAGAGCAUAUUAACAACGAGUUACUGUGGUAACAGUUCUCUGAUUGUUAGCAAUGUCUACAAUAGCAUUCUUAUACAAAAAUGUAUGUCGGUUAACCAGAUAUGCAUAUCGAAAUGUGAUCCAGUAUAUGAUAAUUAAAAACAAAAAGAGUUCUUCUUUUUUUUAUGAGAAUUUGAUAUCUCACAUGUAUCGCAAUAUCCAAUCAUGUACAAUAUGCCAAAUAGAACAAAGGAUACUAAAUAUGUAUACAACCCAUUUCUAAAUGUAAAUGUUAAGAAAUUUUUAAGGAGGGAUUAAAUAGUAAAGAGCUAGGCAUGUUUUUGUAGAUAAAGCUAUAAUAUUUUUGAUUAAAUUUUUUAUUUGUUUAAUGCUAUAUUUUUUGUCUUGACACCUGUGAUAGUUUUACUUACACAAUAGUGUUUUUGUAUGAUUACUGAUUUAGAUAUGUCAUAUUCUUUAGCAUUUUGUUGUUCCACUGGGUUAAAAUUUUAAUCUGUAUGCUAUUGUUUCUUAUCAUUGUUAUUAAUUUUUUUAGUUUUAAUUGUUGAUUUUAUUAUUGAAUUAAUUUAUUAUUUAAAUUUCUAGAUUUAUUUUAUUGUUUGUUUGUCAGUUUGAUUUUUUUCUCAUAAUAUUAUUUCUUUCUGUGAAUAUGUACAUACACUGUACAUAAUUAUAAUACUUGAAUGUACUAUAUAUAGAACUGCUGAUUAUUUAUUCUUGUUCAACACUAUAUAUUUAAAUGAGUUUGCAUGACAAAAUUUGUAGAUGAAUUUACAUGAAACAAACAAAAUAAAAUUAUUAAAUAUA